AUGAGCUACUACAACCAGCAACAGACCCCCGUCGGAGUACCCCCGCCGCAAGGUACGCCCUCCUCCGUCUCUGAUCUCUCCGGCCCUGGCGAAGAUCGACUGAUCUGAUGUUCCGAUCUAAGUUCUUCUUAUUCUUCUCUUUGUUAGGGUAUCCUCCGGAAGGAUACGGGAAGGACGCAUAUCCGCCGCCGGGGUACCCGCCGGAGGGAUACCCUCCUCAAGGGGGAUAUCCGGCCCAGGGUUACCCUCCCCAGGGCUAUCCUCCCCAGGGCUACCCCCCCCAACAGUACCAACAGCAGGAGCAGAAGAGCGGCAGCUCCAACUUCCUCCAAGGAUGGUAAGAUCUCUCCCUCUCUCACUCUGCACCGCCGUGUGCUGGUGGUAUCAUCCUCUUCCCAAUCUGAUGAGUGACUGUUCUAUUUGCGUGGUGUGAAGCUUGGCGGCGCUCUGCUGCUGCUGCCUCUUGGAUGCCUGCUUCUGA